AUGUCUACUGAAGUCAUAACGACAAUAUCACCGUCCACCAACAAGCCAGUCUUGACGCGAAACGGCCUGUCGGACUCAGACGUGGCGCUCCUGCCUGCCUUGUCUACCAAGGCCUUCAAUGCCUUUCGUCUCACAUCACUCGAAGAACGCCAGGCCAUUGUCAAGAGAGCGCUGAAGCUCAUCAGCGAUAAUCAAGAUGUGCUUGCGAGGGAGCUCACAGAGCAAAUGGGAAGACCGAUAGCUUAUGCUGCGAAGGAAAUCACUACGGCAGUCGCGAGGGGCGAGUAUCUGCUGAAGAUCAGUAGUGAUGCCUUAAGAGACACUCAAGGCGAGCCGGAGAAGGGUUUCAAGAGGUAUAUCAGGAAAGCAGCAAUUGGACCGGUCUUGAUUCUGUUCGCUUGGAACUAUCCAUACCUCAUCUUGGUCAAUUCUUUGAUACCCGCUCUACUCGCUGGCAAUUCGGUCAUAAUCAAGCCUUCACCACAGACCCCUACGAUCGCGGAGCAGGUGCAAGAAAUAUUUGUCGAAGCUGGGCUGCCGGAUAAUGUGAUCCAGUAUUUUCAUUGCGGCUCUUUGGCACGUUUAGAGAGCAUAGUGCGCUCACCUCAAAUGAAGCUAAUAUGCUUCACGGGAUCCGUAGCUGGAGGCCUACAAGUUCAGCGCGCCGCAUCAGACCGUGUAGUUCCUGUUGGGCUUGAGCUCGGAGGCAAGGAUCCUGCUUACGUGAGGGAAGAUGUCGAUGUGAAAUGGGCGGCAGAAGAGAUUGUGGAUGGUGCAGUCUUCAACUCUGGACAAAGUUGCUGCAGUAUUGAGAGAGUCUAUGUUGCUGAAAAUAUUCACGACGCUUUCAUAUCUGCAGUGCAAGAUGUGCUGAAGGGCUAUAAGCUUGGCGAUCCUUUCGACCUAAGCACUAAUGUUGGACCGGUAGUGUCGAAGAAAUCAGCAGAGACCAUCAAAGCUCACGUCGAGGACGCAAUAGACAAGGGAGCAAAGGACUCGACUCCGGAGAACGAAAGCUUCGUGUCGCCACCGGCAGGCGGCAAUUAUGUUAGACCAACACUCUUGACAAACGUGACCCACGACAUGGAUGUAAUGAACGACGAGACAUUCGGACCGAUAAUACCGGUAAUGAGAGUGGGUAAUGACGAGGAAGCCGUCCGAUUGAUGAACGAUAGCGAAUUUGGCCUCACGGCCAGUAUUUGGACGAAGGACACUGCGAAAGGCGAAGAACUUGCCGAGCAUGUGGAAGCAGGAACAGUGUUCGUCAACAGAUGCGAUUUUCCCAGCCCAGAUCUUGCGUGGACAGGGUGGAAGAGCUCCGGCAAAGGAGUCACGCUGAGCAAAUUUGGUUUCGAGCAAUUUGUCAAGUUGAAGAGCUUCCACGUCAAGCAGUAUCCGAGCUAG